GUUCGAAUAUGUCUCAGUAACCGUUAGUGAGCUAUGCAUGAGUUUAAGUUAGUUACUGUACUAACUGUGUCCAGGUUAGAUGUUAUGAUUCUAGCUUAGCUGUAGGAGUCACUUAUAUAACUGUAAAACUACGUUUGGAUCAUAUUUUCCUCUGGAGGACGCCAUAAAUCAAGGCGUGUGGUCAUGGCUCUGGCGUCUCCGUGCGGGAUUCUGUCCGAUGAGGAGGAGUGUGGGGCUGUGUUUGAGUCCACAGCUGCUGAUAUCGGAGCUCUGAUGAGAUCCCAGCGCUUUGUGUCUCCUCUGCCGGAGAUCUCUGUCAUCAUCAGCCCUGCUGCAGAGCCCCAGACUCCCACUCAAGAGCCUGUGCAGAUCAAGCCUGAUGUCAGCGCUGACGACGGAUCCGAGAAGCUGAAGGUUUUCCUGCGGAUCCGUCCUCUGACUGAAGCAGAGCAGGGCUGUGUGAAUGUGCAGUCCGAGGACAGUCUGCUUCUCCGAGCGCCCAAAGACUCCCGCAACAUGAAGAGUGCCGAGAGAGGCGUCGCUCAGAGCCUGCACAAGUUCACCUUCACAAAGGAGGAAAGCACGGCUGGACAUCAGUCUCGGCUGCGAGCGGGUUUGUCCUGGGACAGCAGCGUCAGCGGACUCUCAGCGACCAGCCACAUCGCAACACAGCUGGAGGGAGUUUCAGGUUGUUCUUGGCCGUCUCUGAUUGUCUUUGUUUUGUCCAGGAGGUCUCGUCCUCCGCUGGUGGUCCCGUUCAGAGACAGCAAGUUAACCAGGGUCCUGCAGAGCUUCUUCUGUGGUCAGGGCCGCUCCUGCAUGCUGGUCAACAUUAACCCCUGCGCCUCCACCUACGACGAGACGCUGCAAGCGCUCAAGUUCUCCGCCAUCGCCACACAGCUGGUGCAUGGGCCGUGCAGUAAGACGCAAGUGGCUUAUAUUCUGUCGCUGCUCCGUGAGCAUCCCGCGCAUCCCAACAACACCACUCCACUGGAGGAGGAGGAGGAGGAGGGAGACAUCACCAUGUUUGAUCCUGAAGCGCUGCUGAAGGCCAUCGAUGUUCUGAAGCGUGAAGUGCUGCGUCAGCGGCAGGAGAAAGAGGAGCUGGAGGCCACGGUUCGAGAGCAGGUCUGCGCUGAGAUGAUGGAGGUCAUCAGCCGCAUGCAGGAGGACUUCAGCGAGACGCUGGAAACCGAGAGGGGUCUGAUGGAGAAGAGAUGUGAGAACAAACUUAACAACUUGAAGAGCAGCCUGAAGAAAUAUUACAGCCAGGAGCUAGAGGAGCGAGAUGAAGAGAUCCGAGAGCUCACUGCUGCUCUGAAGGAGAAGGAAGAGGCUCAUAUCGCUCCCGCUCAUAUUUUCCCGCCUCUGAGUGACGUCAGUGCUCCGCGGCGUUUGGCUUCAUCACACAAGCGAGACGCGGAUCCCGAGAGCGAGGAGCUGGAGCUGAAGACGCUCGGUAAGCUGGAACCAGAUUCAAAGAUCAAAUCAACUGCAGAGCUGAAGCGACUCCAGGAGAGCGGGCCCCUGGCGGGAGCCACAGGGACCCUGACGACUUCAGCCGAGCGCAAGCUGCAGGAGGGCCAGCGGAACCUGAAGCAGCUGCGGCUGGAGCUCCAGAUGCUGGGUGUGGAGCUGCAGUCUGGAGAACGAGCGUGCUGUCGUAACACUGACGGAGAGAAGCUGCGCAUCGCUCUCUCCUCCGCCGACGGCAGACUCGACAAACAGGAUCAGAUGCUGGUGGAGCUGCACAGCAGUCUGCAGCUGGUCAAAGCAGAUCUGCGCAGGAAAGACGAGCUGCUGGUGCGCUCACAGAGCAAACAGCCUGCUCCAGCGUCUGGCUCCUGCAAGAAGAGAGGCUGCGGGCUGGAGAACCAGCCUCCGGAGAAGCGGCCCUUCUUCCACACGUUACACUCACGCCAGCCGUCGCCUCCGUCCACUCCCAUCCAGCGCCGAUUCAAAUAUUAGCAGCGGACGCACAGCUCUUAUAGCUCUGUCUUUAAUAUAAUCAGGUGGCCGUUUGAUGUGCAAAUGGGCCUUAUUUUGAUGGGAGUUUUUAAAUUGUGUUCAAGGGUUUCUAUUGUGAAACUCAUUUGAAGAGCAAAGACUAUUACAUGUUUUAUUCUCCCUACAUGCUGU